GGAGCUUUCGUUAUCCGCUGGAAACGUAGCGAGGAAAUUAAGUUUGAAAUUGCAGUUCAGUCUUGUCGUGGAUGCAGCGCGGAUCGAUAUCGGAGCCCAGAGCAGCGGAAGGCGCUGCUAGCAAGUUUCGACACACAACAUUUUUGUAUACCUCAAAAAUGGAACCGAAAAAUCUCCAAAAAUAAAUUCACCCCCUGCAAGGAAAACGCGUCGUGCUGAAGCCAAAACUAAGUAGUUACAUAAAGCGAAAACGACACAGACAACGUUCGAGUCCAACGGAAUAAUUGUGUAAUUGAAAAAUAGCAGUGUGUGCAAAGAUAAUCGUUUCCAAUCGGCAGCUUAAUCGAUACGCAUGAAUAAGUGAUUAGUUUGACGUGGAUUUGAGGUGGAGCGCCCGUUGCAGGGGUCUUCGCAGUGAGGUGCUUGGAAAAUUUUUCGCCUACAUCCGCGACAUGCAGUGAAAAUUUUUUCCGAUUUUUAGUAUGUACAUGUACGUUGGAGCGCUCGUGGGCGCCACAACCUCGGGUGGCAGGGGUCUCCGGCAAGCUUUCGCAACCCCCACAGCCCCCAGUGCUGGUAGUACAGCCGCCGCGGCCGGAGCAACGGCUAUCUGACCCCGCAUCGGUGCGAAACAUGUGUCCGUGUCCAAUUAGUUUGCCAAACAUUAUGCAAAUCAAGUGUGCGAAUUGCCAAAAACCCAAGGUGCCCAGCAUUAAGGACCAGAAAAGCAGGCAAUAAACGGUGCAGUGCCGUUAACAGUCGACGGGUACCGUUAACAGCCGCAGCCAACUUCGCCUGGCCGAGCUUUCGCUCCGUCGCGCUCUCACGCUCGCCUCAGCAGGCGCGGAUAAGAACGGAUAGGAGUCCUCUUCCAAUCCCGAGUAACACCAACACAAGGACACGCGAAAAGCUCGCGCUCAAGGACUGGAAUACGCGAGGAGCAAGAGAGAGGGCUAUAGAGAGUCGCUUUACGUUUACGCGCGCAACGUGCGUAGGUGCCUCUGUGUGGGUGAGGGCCCCGAGUGGCCGUGCGUGUGAAUGAAGGCGCCACAGCAGCCACAUAGUGCAACAUAUCAGGAUAACUAUGCUCCUGCGGCCAUGACAGCCAGGACACGGCCCAACAUGGACAGGGAUCAGCAGCGAACUCGAAAUCCGGCUGAGCUGAGGCUCCUGCCCGCCUCCGCCUCCACAUCCACCUCCACCUCCGCAUCCGCCUCCGCCUUCGAAUCCCCGGACUUGCGGUUCAACAAGGCCCGCUGCCGGCGGAGAGGCGAGCCAGUGCCUCCGGUGAUCGUGGAAUACCGCCGCUCGUACCGCGUGCUCAUCGUCAGCGCCCUGCUGGUCAGCCUGGCGGCCAGCUUCGUGACCCUUAGCGCCGGAUUCCAGCUGGACGGCUCAGGCAACUCCGUCUACACCUUCCGCAAGUGGUACACCGGCCUGAAUGGCACCCUGGAGCUGGAGUUCAAGACGGAGCAGCCCAACGGACUGGUCCUCUACACCGACGACGGCGGCACCUACGACUUCUUCGAGCUGAAGCUGGUGGAGGGAGCCCUCCGGCUGCGAUACAACCUGGGCGGUGGGGCGCAAAUCAUCACCGUGGGCCGGGAGUUGCACGACGGCCACUGGCACAAGGUGCAGGUCCUGCGGAACGACGAGCAGACCUCGCUCAUCGUCGACGGCGUCUCGCAGCAGCGGUCCACGAAGGGCAAGGAGUUCCAGUUCGGCAAGUUCGCCAGCAACUCGGACGUCUACGUGGGCGGAAUGCCCAACUGGUACAGCACCAAGCUGGCGCUCCUGGCCCUGCCCAGCGUCAUCUUCGAGCCGCGUUUCCGGGGGGCCAUCCGGAACCUGGUCUACGCCGAUCAGCCGGGCGGCCCCACAAGGCGCCAGGAGAUCAAGCAGCAGCGCGACAUCAAGUGCGGCGAUGUGCCCUGCGAUCACGGCGAGCUGACCGCCCGCGAAAGGCCCCUCAGGGGCGUUCGGGGCAACACCACCGAUGCCUGCGAGCGGAACGAUCCCUGCCAGCACGGCGGCAUCUGUAUAUCCACUGAUUCCGGUCCAAUUUGCGAGUGUCGAAACCUCGAGUACGAUGGCCAGUAUUGUGAGAAGGAGAAGGCGCCAUCGGAAGCCACGUUCCGCGGUACACAGUUCCUCUCGUACGACUUGGGCCAGACGGGCGCCGAGCCGAUAGUGAGUGCCCAGGAUGCCAUAUCCUUCUACUUCCGCACGCGCCAGCCGAACGGCCUGCUCUUCUACACGGGCCACGGCACCGACUAUCUGAACCUGGCGCUGCGGGACGGAGGCGUCUCGCUGACCAUGGGACUGGCCAACGGCAAGCAGGAGAUGCACAUCAAGCCGUCGAAGGUGCGCUUCGACGACCACCAGUGGCACAAGGUCACCGUGCACCGUCGCAUCCAGGAGAUCUCCUCCAUCACCAGCUUCUGUCGCCUGGUCACUGUGGUGGACGAUGUCUACACGGAUCACUCCCACAUCGCCGGCAAGUUCACCAUGCUCUCCUCCUCGCGGGUAUAUGUGGGCGGUGCGGUGAAUCCCAGGGCUCUUUUGGGAGCCCGUGUCCACACCAACUUCGUGGGCUGCUUGCGCAAAGUGGAGUUCUCGGCGGAUACACUCAAUCUGAACCUCAUCGACCUGGCAAAAAGCGGUUCCAAGCUGAUUCAGGUGGCUGGCAAUCUGGAGUACCAGUGUCCCAGUGGAGAUCCACAAGACCCUGUGACCUUCACCACCCGCGAAUCGCAUUUGGUUCUGCCUCCUUGGGAAACUGGCAAGCAGAGUUCCAUCAGCUUCAAGUUCCGCACCAAGGAGCCCAACGGCAUCAUUGUCCUGGCCACGGGAUCCAAGCAACCAAGGGCCAAAAACCCCGUUUUGAUUGCCAUCGAGCUGCUGAAUGGCCACAUCUACAUCCACUUGGACCUGGGAUCCGGAGCCUCCAAGGUGCGAGCCUCGCGACGUCGCGUGGACGAUGGCGACUGGCAUGACCUGAUUCUCCGGCGGAAUGGUCGCGACGCCAAGGUGAGCGUGGACGGGGUGUGGAACGACUUCCGGACGCCCGGCGACGGCACCAUCCUCGAGCUGGACGGGCACAUGUACCUGGGCGGAGUGGGACCCGCCUACAAUAGCGUGGCCUGGCCGGCGGCCAUUUGGACGGCCACGCUGCGCCAGGGAUUCGUGGGCUGCUUGCGUGACCUGGUGCUGAGUGGCAAGGCGAUCGAUAUAGCGGCCUUUGCACGCGUCCAGGAUUCGGCCUCCGUGAAGCCAUCGUGCCAUGUGCAGGCCAACGUGUGCAACGGCAAUCCCUGCCUGAACGGAGGCACCUGCCUGGAGGGCUGGAACCGGCCCAUCUGCGACUGCUCGGCCACCUUGUACGGAGGACCCACCUGCGGCCGGGAACUGGCCACGCUGGCCUUCAACGGCAGCCAGCACAUGACCAUCUGGCUGGGCAACGGACAGGGCACGAAGACGCAGACCGAGGAGCUGGUCAUCCGCUUCAAGACCUCCCGUCCGGCGGGCCUGCUGCUGCUGACCAGCGCCGAGUCCAACUCCCCGGACCGGCUGGAGAUCGCUCUGGUGGCGGGAAGGGUGAGGGCCAGUGUGCGGCUGAGCGACCGCGAGAAGAACCUGCUGGCCGGCCAGUCGGUGCUCAACGACAACAACUGGCACACGAUCCGCUUCUCGCGCAGGGCCUCCAAUCUGCGGCUUCAAGUCGACGGGGCUCCCCCCGUCAGGGGUAUGUUAUCCGAAACGAUCCUGGGUCGCCACAGCACCAUGGAGAUCCGCUCGAUCCACCUGGGCGGCCUCUUCCACGCCGAGGAGGAGAUCCAGAUGACCUCCACCAUGCCGAACUUCGUGGGCCAGAUGCAGGGCCUGGUGUUCAAUGGCCAGCGCUACCUGGACAUCGUCAAGAGCCUGGGACCGGAGCUCUCGGCCCUGCCCAGUGCCACCUUCAAGCUGACGGCCCGCUUCGUGAACUCCCCGGCUGGGCAGCCCUACCACGCGGCCACCUUCCGCUCCAAGCACUCCUACGUGGGACUGGCCAUGCUGAAGGCCUACAACAGCAUCUCCAUUGACUUCCGCUUCAAGACCGUGGAGCCCAAUGGGCUGCUGGUCUUCAAUGGCGGAAGACGCAACGACUUCGUGGCAGUGGAGCUGGUCAAUGGUCACAUCCACUACACCUUCGAUCUGGGCGACGGACCGGUGACCAUGAGGGACAAGUCGCGCAUCCACAUGAACGACAACCGCUGGCACCAGGUCAGCAUUAGGCGCCCGGGACCCAAGACGCACACGCUGACCGUGGACGACUCCUUCGAGAUCAUCAGCCUGACCGGGAACAACAUGCACCUAGAGCUGGCGGGCAUCCUGUACAUUGGCGGCGUCUUCAAGGACAUGUACUCCAAGCUGCCGGCCUCGAUCUCCUCGAGGUCCGGUUUCGAGGGCUGCCUGGCCUCCCUGGACCUGGGCGACGCCUCUCCCUCGCUGACCAGCGACGCAGUGGUGCCCAGUUCCCUGGUGGUCAGUGGCUGCGAGGGACCCACCAAGUGCAGCCAGAAUGCCUGCGCCAACAGGGGCAACUGCGUGCAGCAGUGGAACGCCUACGCCUGUGAGUGCGAGAUGACCUCCUACACGGGACCCACUUGUUACGAUGAAUCGAUUGCCUAUGAGUUCGGCAACAACAAGGGCAUGGUACAGUACACGUUCCCAGAGAACGCCCAGGCCGACACCGAGGAGGACAACAUAGCCCUGGGCUUCAUAACCACCCGGCCGGACGCAGUGCUCCUGCGGGUGGAGAGCGCCACCACGCAGGACUACAUGGAGCUGGAGAUAGUGGAGGGCAACAUCUUCAUGGUGUACAACAUUGGCAGCGUGGACCUGCCGCUGGGCGAGAUCGGGACGAAGGUGAACGACAACGCCUACCACGUGGUGCGGUUCCAGCGGAAGGGAGGCAACGCAACGCUGCAGCUGGACGACUACAAUGUGCAGGCGCUCACGCCGCAGAGCCAUCACUCGACCGUGUUCAAUACCAUGUCCAACGUUCAGGUCGGCGGCAAGUUCAGUCGGAACGGUCGCAGCCGCAUCGAGCGACCGUUCGCCGGCGUGAUUGCCGGACUGUCGGUUAACAAGUUACGCAUCCUGGACUUGGCCGUCGAACGCGACCCCCAAAUCACCAUCCGCGGAGAUGUUCAAUUGGUAACUGGAGUAUUAGAUAGAAAUGAUCUGCAGAGAAUGCAGCAGACUUUGAACUCUACUCGACAGACGCCGGCGAGUGGUUAUCCGGGUGCGCUGGACGAUCUGAUCUUCUCGGGAGCCGGAUCCGGAUGUCGCGGCGACGACGAGGACGAGUGCACGCCGCCAUUCGAAUCGGGUAGCGGGGACGAUCUGAUCACACCGGUGUAUGUGCCGCCCACCAAGCAGACAACCACCUCCCAGCAGGGGAAUAGCCUGAGUACCGGCGGGAACAACAGUGGCGGUGCCAUCACCAACGGCACCGAGCGGGCCUGCGACGACGAGGACUGCGUCCACGGCUCCGGCGACUACGGGGAGACCACGGAGCAGUUCACCUCGACGAGCACAGCCAGGGGUUCAGAGUCCAACAAUGAGAUGGUCACGAUCACCACCACGGGGCGCAGCGAUGUGACCACGGAGCAGCAGCAACACGGCAGCAGCAGCAGCAGCAGCAGCGGCAGCACUCCCUCCUACGCCACCACCCAGUCGAGCAGCAGCAGCAGCAGCGGAGGAGCCAGCACUCCGGGCCAGGUGAGCACCACCAGUAGCGCGGCCACCACGUCCACGCAGCGCUCCACCAGCAGCAGCACCAGCACGAGCACCAGUACAACCUCGACGACCACGACCACCACCACCACGCAGGCCACUCCGCCGCCGGAGAUCCGGAGCACGGUCACCGAGAAGGACACCACGCCGUACGACGUUUACGUGGCAGGAGGCGGCCUGGGAGGCUCCGGGCGCAAUGACCACGACCGCAUGCAGCUGCCGGACGAGCACCACCCGCUGCCACCACUGCCGCCGCCCAUCCCGCCGCAGGAUCCUCCGCCCUACGGACCCUAUGGCGGCAACACCUACAACACCAACAUGAACAACUACCGGCCCAAGGGCAAGGGCGGCAGGAUCAACUCGAUCGAGGAGGAGCGCACUGCCAUGAUCAUAGGCAUAGUGGCGGGCAUACUCAUCGCAGUGGUGCUGGUUAUCCUGCUGGUCCUGUGGCUCAAAUCCAACGGCGAUCGUGGCUACAAGACGGAGAGCGAGAAGGCGGCCGCCUACGGAUCCCACAACCCGAAUGCCGCCCUGCUGGGCAACACCAGCACCAACGGCUCGUACCACCAGCAGAGGCAGCACCACAUGCAGGGAGGAGGAGGCGGCGGCGGAGGAGGAGCUGGGCAGCAGCAGCACCAUGGCCAACAGCAGAUGCACAACGGCCACAACGGAAACGGAGGCGGUGGCGGCGGCGGCGGCAUGAUGUCCAGCGGAAGUGGGUCCCUGGGCUACGGCAGCGAUGGAAGACCCCAGAUGGCGGGCCUGGUGCAGCCGAAGGCCAAGAAGCGCGACUCCAAGGACGUCAAGGAGUGGUAUGUGUAAGGCGGCAUGGUCGCCCGGGAAUCAUCGUCAAAUUAGCAAUAAAUGCAAAUAGUGCAAAGCGAGCAGAAAGUGAAAGUCCCCUAAGAUACAGAUAAAUACAGGUAGAUGCAGAAACAAACAUACACACACAUAAGCGUAUAUAAAUAUAUAUUUAUUUAGCAGCCUCAUAACGUUAAUUAAACAAUUAGAGAGCGGACACAGUGGGACACUGGGUGUACGUGUACAAACGGAAGCGGAAGCGGAAGUAGAAGCGGACGGAAGGAUAAUAAUAGCUAGCUGGGCAAUACGCGGUUAACGACGGCUGAUAACGUUAGCAGCAUGCAGAUAGCAGAUAGCAGAUAGCAGAUAGACACGCAAAUACUUUAGACAAGUGCGUCUGGCCAGGAGCAUUGGUUCGCCCCGAAAGUAACGUCUAGAUUACGCCUAAGAAAUUAUAGCUUCAACUCAAGACUUGCUAAUAGAUCUACCACUGGAGAGCAGCCACAGCCGUCAGCGAAUAGGCAUAUUAAUUACACUAAACGAAUACCACUAUAUAUAUUAUAUAUAUCACAGCGUUACGAUAAAUUAUGCCCACUAGCCAAUCAAGUAAUUGUGUAAAAUAUUUCGCCACAAAGUACGCUAUGAAAAGUUCGAAGGAGGAAAACCCAAGAAGCAAAAAAAAGAAAAACCAAUUAAACCACAAAUCUUCUAGCAAAACCACUAAACAAUUUAGCAAAAAUUCAAUAUAAACGUACUUAAAAAUAUAUAUAUUUAUAUGUAAACGUAAAGUAACGAGGUUCUGAGUGGGUUUUUCUUCGCGUGUAAAGUUACAAAAUGUGGUGCUGUAAACGUAGGAGACAAACAUUGGUUGACUACAAUAAUAGUAAUAAUAAUAAUAAUGACGACGGGGAAUGCAAGAAUUUAUGCUACGGAUUGUUUGUUGAAUUGAAACCGGCUUUAAUUAGUUAAACGAUGUAAAUGAGAUAAGGGAUAACCAGGCGAAAUCGGAUAAUACGAUGCGGAGGGCACAGUAGAUACCCACGAUUUGGUUGACGUGAUGACGACGAUGCGUGAUGCGACUUUUUCGUUUGCGUGCAGCAACUCGAUGCGAUUUUGUGUUAGUCCCCUCCACUCCCGAGCCCAACACAUAUACUUUUUAUAUGUAUUUGAGACUAAAUACUGCCACCCAGCCGCGUGCAGUAUGAACUCAGACAUAUCAAGGAAAAGACAAGACACGUGCCACAAGACACAGGACACAAUCACGCGCCACACACCCCAGGACACUCUGACACACUGAAGCGAACCUACCUAGCUUUUCUACCACAACUGCUAUGCGAUGUGAGCGAACAUUACUUUACCGCCUCAGCGCGAGGAGAUCAAGCAACAAUUUUACAGUAUUAUAGCAGCUUUAAGCGUAUUUUUCGAGGCCCACGUGACGUAUACACAAUCGGCAGUCACCAGCACACACACACGCUGACACCGACGCCAACACAGAUACACCCACAGCAGCACACACAGCGAAAUUCGACUUUAUGCAGCCGCCAUUGAACUCUGUAUACAUAUAUCCAACCGCAUAUAUCAUUUUGAUGCGCUAUAUUCAAGUUUUGCCUCACUAUCAGUACCAAUUAGAGUAUCAUUUUGGAUUAGAUAUACAAGAUACGAAAACCUAUAUACACUUGAUAUACUAAUACUAAUACACGCACACUCACCUCACCCUCGCACACACACUCACCCACUCACCACUCACGCAUUCGAAACUACUGGACAUACUUCUCUCAAAUUCUGAAAGGAAAAUAAGGCGAGGUAUGCUGUAUAUACCUAGGACGUACUAUAUAUACACGAACAUAUAUAUAUUUAACAACUAACAAACAUAUAUACUGCAUUUCAAGAAACUUUUGAUAUAUUUUCGAGUUUUUUAAACCCUUAACUUGUAUACAAAGGAUGCGAAAGCGAAAACACGAGACAAACUAGCGAAUCUAGCUGAAAUGAACACCUAGGACAAUUACAAUUACAAGUCACUCAUAGCGAGACACAGUACAUCACAGUACAUAGGCAGACAAUGGAAGACACACAAUUAUAUUAUACAAGACAUACUAUAAUAAAUGUACAUCUCUAUACAACAUAUACUGGCAUACGGUAUCAAGUGCGAAUAUGAUUACUAUGUAUUACGUCCCUUCGAUUUGAUAAUCCAAAUCCAAACGAGAAACCACAAGUUUUAAACGCUGUUAACCUGAUAACCAAAACCAUUCCCACUUAUAUAUGUAACACUCUCUCCCGACAACUUUCUCUCUAUCUCUUCACAAUGUUAAUGCUGCACAAUGAAAACUCUGCAUUUAAAGUAAACCACUAACGUUUAUUCAUUUCGAUUCAAGAGAAAACCAAAACCAAAUUAAAUAUAACUAAUUAUACGAAUUUGCCUUGCGGUUUAUCAGCGAGCACACGAUAUUGAGUCCCCGAGUUCCCACGAUAAGGAUAUCGAUCUGACUCGCCCCAAGAGCAAACUUCUUCAUUGUUUCCGGAAUAUUACAUUUUAUUAGAGAUCAAAAGCAGUUCAAGGUAAAUGUUAUGUAUGUAUGAUAUGGGGACAGGAUCGAGAAGGACGAGUACAGUUAGUUGUAUGGGUAACAGUAACAUAGUUAAAGCAUGUAACGUAAUAGUUCAAGUCGACGAAGGAGCAGCGGGUGCGAGUGGGAGCGCAUUGGGCGAGGAACGAUCGCUAGUAUCGGUACUAAAACUUACUUCUACCUAGGCUUAAUAUCAUUGUUAUCUAAUCUAUACAUAUAUAUAAACCGACACACAACACCCCCACAUAUAACAGAGAAUAUGUAUAUGAACUUGUAUUGGACGCGCGGCGCUUGAGCUGUGCCUACUUAUAUAUAUAUUUAACAAAUUGUAACGUGUAUGUAUAUGUAGCGGCAGUGAUUGUUAAAGAAAAUGCUUUGUUUUGUGUUAGAUUUUAUAAUUUACGAGGAAACCAAAAACAAAAUUGUAAAACGCAUACAAAUACAGAAUGACUGACAAAACACAGAAUUAUAACAUUGCAUAUAAUAAAUACAAUAAAAAUAUAAUUG